AUGUGUUUUCUUACAGUGGAUCUUCAAGCUAAAUUGGAAGAAUAUGAAGAGCAACACCAGAACAUGCAAGCAGAUUUAGAACAAGCUACCAAGGGACAAACUUCCCAGACAAGUGAAUCUGAAUCUGCAGAGGAACUGCACAGCCGCCUGAUGAAGUGGCGAGAAACGGUUUAUAAGCCAACACCGAGCCAUGACAUCGAUGAGAGGAAUGUCAUGGAAUUAAGGAUGAGGCAACUUGAGGAAGAAAGAGAAGAUUUGAUCUCAGAACUGCAGGAGCUGGAGGAGGAACUGGGGGAACUUCAGAGACGAGGACAGGAUCAAGGAUGGACAAAGCAGACCACAGCUGGCCAAAAGCUUAUGGCAUGGACCUCUUCUUGUCAGACCAGCACCCAGGGAGCAAACCAUUGAAGUGGAAUCAAUCGAGGAAUGUGAGGAGGCUUUGGAGAUAGACCCCAGUGGACAGGUGGUGGUGGCACGGAA